UACGUAACUCUCGGUAAUCAGAGGAAUACGAAUGGACUGGCCGCUAUCAUUUCGCCAAUUGCACUCUAGAUAAAGGUUUCUCAGUCGGUAUGCUCGUGAUGCCACAUCAACGUCGAGCUGCGUUUUUGAUACAAUUUAACACGGAAAUUUAAUUGUUGCUAAUAUUUAUUGUUGUGUGUUUGUUUUCUCUGGAAGAUCCCUUCCAUUGAUAAUCAGUGAGGGUUUAGUGAGCUGUUCCGACCGCCGUCCGCCGUCGUGGUCUCCCGAGAUUCCGUGUUUUUCCUUUUUCCGUGCGUGCGUCGUGAGUGUUGGCAACACGUGUUUACGUUAAAGUGCUUGUGAAAGUGCAGUGAUUUCCGUUUUUUUUCCCCGGUUCUCGGUGCAGUUCCAAAGUUAGUGCGGAUUAGUGUUGAUAUAAAAAGUAAAGAAAAUGAUCCGAGUGUCAUCAAUCAUUCGACAAUCAGUACGAUGUUUCGAUUCACUGCUGGGAGUACGGUCGAUCAGCACAUCCCUGAUUGACAUUUCCCCGGAAGUGCAGAGUGCAUUAAAAUGCACACCAAAUCGUGUGGUCGCCCUGGAAAGUACAAUUAUAACCCACGGUAUGCCGUAUCCAGAAAAUCUAGAUACUGCCCUUGCUGUGGAAGACAUCGUGCGUCAGGAGGGAGCAAUACCGGCCACAAUUGCUAUUAUGGAUGGCAGAAUUAAAGUAGGUCUUGGUGCCGAACAACUCCAUUCCUUAGCUAAGGCUAAUCGGGAUGAAACAAUCAAAAUGUCUCGCCGAGACAUGGCCUAUGUGGUCGCAUCAGGCCGGCAGGGUGGAACGACCGUAGCUGGUACCUUGCUUGUAGCGAACUCAGUCGGCAUACGAAUGUUUGCGACCGGUGGUAUCGGUGGCGUGCAUCGUGACUUUGCACAAACUAUGGACAUAUCUGCAGAUCUGAUCGAGCUAGGCCGGUGCCCAGUGACAGUAGUUUGUAGCGGCGUCAAAUCCAUCUUAGACAUACCGAGAACCCUCGAAUAUUUGGAAACGAAUGGUGUGUUCGUGAGCACUUUUGGUUGCGAAAACCGAGAGUUCCCAGCAUUCUACACCCGAUCCAGCGGUUCGAAGGCACCGUACAAUCUAAGCGAUGCUAUGGAGGCGGCCAAAGUGCUGCACGUAAAUCGUGAACUUGGGCUCCUUUCGGGUAUACUCAUUGGUGUGCCAAUACCGGAACAAUGCGCAAUGAAUCGUAGCGAAAUGGAUGCUGCUAUUGAGCAAGCACUUCAGAAAGCUAGUAAAGAGGGUAUUCAAGGGAAAGAAGUAACGCCUUUCAUACUGGCGGCGGUAUCACAACUGACGAAAGGGAAGAGCCUCGAUGCUAAUAUGGCUUUGAUAAAAAACAAUGCUCGUGUGGCCGCAAAAAUUGCGGUCGAACUUGAUCGGCUUCAAAAUGGAAACGAUAAGGAGCGAGUGUCGAUCUCAAAACAGUCUUCAGAACCCGAAACCAUCAGUCGUACUCCGCUAUGCAUCGGCGGUUCGGUGAUCGACAUUUCUUUGACUGUUUUAGAAGACAGUUUUGAGCUAAAUGGUGGUACGUAUCAUGCCGAGCAGUACUCAUCGGCCGGGGGCGUUGCACGAAAUAUCGCCGAAGCGAUCUACAAGAUGUAUGGCAACGUUCAUCUGAUUACAGCUGUAGGCAACGAUCGGAACGGAGAGUACAUCCGGCAGCUGCUUCCCAAGCACUGCGAUUCUUCAAUCAUCAAAACGAACGACUAUGCCACUUGCAAUUUCUCUUUGCUCCAUGACCGACAAGGGGAUUGUCGAAUUAUUGUCGGAGACAUGAACGCCAUUCAGGCGAUUGAUCCGAAAUGGAUAAAAAAGAACCGACAUCUGAUUCAACAAUCGCCGCUCAUAAUUAUAGAUGCCAAUAUCAGUGAAGCAGUUAUGCAAACCAUAUUCAACGAGUGCCUACGCUACAACCGACCGGUUUUCUUCGAACCCACGGAUAUGCGAAUCGCGGCCAAACCAUUCAUCGGAGACCCAGCACUGGCGACCAGUGCACUCCAGGCCAUACGCUUUAGUUCGCCGAAUCUGGAGGAACUGCGCCAGCUGGCGAAGGCUUUGAAGUAUCCGCACCCAAUAUCCGCCACACCGAUGGAAGCAUUCCAAUCCGUCGACGAGCUGCUGGGCGAGGUGAAACCACUCGGCGAAUUCGUAGGUCAAAUAUUCGAUAAUCUGUUGGUAACCCUCGGUAAACACGGUGUAGCCAUCUUCCGCCGAUGCUCGGACACCGUCCCAUUCUUUGAUCCCGUCACCGGUUCUUAUCAACAACCGGAACCAAAUCAAUCGGUAGCACAGGGCAGAUUUUAUGAGGCGCACGUCCAUCCUAAGAUCGUGAAUGUGUCCGGUGCAGGUGAUAGCUUUACGAGUGGGUUUAUCGUAGCCGCUAUCGCCGGCAUGCCGGAACCGGUAUGCGUCAGUGUCGGCCUAGAGGCGGCCAGCUGUGCCCUGCUAACACGCGGCGCCGUUGCGGACCGAUACUUUGACAAAACUCAUCCCUGCUGGAAUGCCAAGCCGGUCGGCUAUAAAACGUUCUAGAGGGCGCGUAGAAAACUAUGACCUACAUUGCAAGAAGCCCCGUCGCAAGACCGGAACACGUGGGGACCUAUAUUCCAGUUCAACCAACUAACUAACUAUCUACCUCAACCAGGGCAAAAAGGGGAGGACCCUUACAGGCAGGCAUUCAACUGCGGCGUACGUUUUGCUUCCGAAAUUGUCUUUAAGCUAUCAGUGAGUGCCUUCCCCCCGCUGGUGUUUCACAGUACGUGGGAAACUAUACAACGUCAAAAGCAAAGAUUACAAAGGGUUUCCCUUCUUCGUCUGAACAAUGCAGCGUUGCAAUGCAACAUGAUCGGUGACACCACCCAUUAGCGGGCAGGGGCACAGUUUUGCAUGUACGAUUUAUCUUUCUGUUAACGACGUACAGGAUGAUCUAGCUUUCGCAAACAAUUGUAUUUGUUUACAGAAUUAUUUUCAAUAUUCCUGACAGUUUUUUUUUAACAUUAAACUACAAAUGCGCUGUAUGGUAACUAUUAAAGCAUUGUUUUUUUC